CGGGUCGACCAACAUUUUCAAUAGACGGUUCCAAUUCUCUUAAAAAAAUUGCCACAUUGUUGUACAAGUCAACUUACAUCUUAUGACGAUACACAGAGCACAUCUCUCCUUCAAUUAUAAUUCCUCAUCUUCAUUCAAAGGUCACUCAUAUUCUACAUCAAAUAAUUCAAAGACAUUUACACGACCUCUCCUAUUUAAGUGUGGUGUUAAGUCACAUUCUAGUACAAUUUAAAACAAACACUUGCAAAGUUUCACCUCAUUUUCUUACUAACACUACGCCAAAAUUGAUAUUUUGUAUCGCCUAAUUUAAUAGCACUUUUAAAUAAAGUGCUAUUAAAAAGGAAAAAACACAUCUAUAAUAGCACUUUAUAGUAAGACGCUAUUACUCUUAUUUUUGUCCAUGUUAAAAAUCUUACAAGUUUUCAUUCAUGUGUCUUCAUGUAGCAACUCAAAUUUUUGGAGAAGUUCGUUCAUGUAAUCAUGUCAUUUUAUAUGUGAUUGUAUUUGUUGCUUCAUGUAACAACUAAAUUAAGAUUUCCUUUUUAUUUUAUUUUUCUAUGGUCUUUCUUUGUGUUGUAGGGAACAAAUGCCAUUGAAGGAUUAGUUAUGAAGUUGCAGGGGACCAGUGGCGUUUGUUAUGAUACUAUUGCUUUUGAAAAAAUGAAGAGAUUGAGAUUGUUGCAACUUGAUCAUGUACAAUUCAUAGGAGAUUAUGGGUGUUUUCCAAGGAACAUGAAAUGGCCUUCUUGGCAAGGAUUUCCUUUAAAAUACAUGCCAGAAAACUUUUAUCAGAAUAAUCUAGUUGCUAUGGACUUAAAACACAAUAAUCUUACACAAGUUUGGAAGAAGCCUCAGAUUUUGAAAAACACAAAUGAUUUAAAAGAGGAGUUAAAGAAAUGCAUGAGAGGUAAAAGGGAUUUAUUUACGAGUGGAGAUUUCUUGAAUGACAAGAUAAAACUAGGAACAGGUGGCUUUAAAGAAAGAUAUUAUAAAGAGAAAAGAAGUAGUAAGUUUUUCCCUGCAGCUACUUAUUUUGUGCAGAAGUACACUGACGGAUUAUUGUGGGUUCUUGAGUACUAUUUUUCAGGAGUUGCUUCAUGGACAUUGUACUCUUAG